AAGUAUGACGCAGUGCCCACUCCGCCCCGCCCCUCCCCGGUUCCCCGAGGUUUUGUAUAGCGUCACGUUGCUCUGCAGCACAGUCGGUCUCCGCGGAAGCUCGGCAUCCUUCUCCUUGGACCUCUUCUCGUCACUUCGCACUUCCCACCACAAGAGAAGCCACCAUGACUCACCAGUUCCCCGCGCUGACUCCUGCUCAGAAGAAGGAGCUGCAGGACAUCGCCCUGAGGAUCGUGGCCCCCGGCAAGGGCAUCCUCGCUGCCGACGAGUCCACCGGCAGCAUGGCGAAGCGCUUCACCCCCAUCGGCGUGGACAACACGGAGGAGAACCGCCGGCGCUACCGUCAGCUGCUGUUCACGGCCGACGGGCGCAUCGACAACUGCAUCGGCGGCGUCAUCUUCUUUCACGAGACGCUCUACCAGAACACCGACGACGGCACGCCCUUCUCCAAGCUCAUCAAGGACCGCGGCAUUGUCGUCGGCAUCAAGGUGGACAAAGGUGUUGUUCCCCUCGCCGGAACCAAUGGAGAGACGACCACUCAAGGUCUGGACGGGUUGUCAGAGCGCUGCGCCCAGUACAAGAAGGACGGCGCUGACUUUGCCAAGUGGCGCUGCGUGCUGAAAAUCAGCGAUACCACACCCUCCGAGCUGGCUAUAUUUGAGAACGCCAACGUGCUAGCACGCUACGCUAGCAUUUGCCAGCAGAAUGGCAUCGUUCCCAUUGUGGAGCCAGAGAUCCUCCCUGAUGGAGACCAUGAUCUGAAGCGCUGCCAGUACGUCACCGAGAAGGUCCUGGCCGCUGUGUACAAGGCUCUGUCGGACCACCACAUCUACCUGGAGGGCACCCUGCUCAAGCCCAACAUGGUCACCGCUGGACACGCCUGCCCCACCAAGUACAGCAACGAGGAGAUCGCCAUGGCGACGGUCACCGCCCUGCGCCGCACCGUGCCUCCCGCCGUCACAGGCGUGACCUUCCUGUCGGGCGGCCAGUCGGAGGAAGAGGCCAGUGUCAACCUCAACGCCAUCAAUACCUGCCCCUUGGCCAAGCCCUGGGCACUCACCUUCUCCUACGGCCGCGCCCUGCAGGCCUCAGCCCUACAGGCCUGGCGAGGGGACAUGAGCAACGAGAAAGCCGCAACCGAGGAGUUCAUCAAGCGCGCUGAGGUAGACGACAUUCUCAGGAAACUGGUUGUCGAGUUGGAUUUUUUAUUUAUUUAUUUUUUUAACUCAUUUCGUUUCUCAUUUUUCAGGCUAACAGCUUGGCCGCCCUGGGCAAGUACGAGUCCUCCAGCAGCGGUGGCGCAGCUGGGCAGUCCCUCUAUGUGGCCAAUCACGCCUACUAAUAAGCAAACAUGUGACCUAGUUAGUCUUAUAUCUGCUCUGCUAUUAAAACCUGUGGCCCUUCCUCCCCACACACUUCUCUAUCCAUGCAUCACUGGCCUGCACUGUCUACUGAACUUCAUUACGUAGAUGAAAACAUUAGGUGUUAAAAAGCAGAGAAGGAGCACACUGAAAAGAGAGCUGCUGUAUUUUUAUGAUCAAACAAAUCAAAACAGAUGAAAGUAUUUUGGAGGUGGGACCAACACAAAGAAAUAGGCUUUUUGUCUCCUAGCAUGUGUGUGGGACCAAGCAAUCAACAUGGUGAGGCAUCGAGGAGGCAAUGUUGGUCUGAAAAGAUGCAAGGGACUCCACUAAUCAGUCAACUUUGUGUGUGUGUGUGUGUGCGCGUGUGUCCACGUUAGCUUUAAAUUGCACAGUUUUAAUGUAUACGGUUGUGUGUAGCUGUCAAUAUUGUGUGUCAUUCCCCUCUCCCCAGGAUUGCAAAGAAGUUCAUUAAAAUGAUGCUUGGUUUGUGGGGACUCACUGCUGUAUUGGAUCAACUGUGAUUGUUUGUGUUAAUAUUGUUCUUGAAGCACUCGCUGUGUCAAAUAGUUAAGACAAAUAAACUAUAUUAAACUAAA